CUGCUACUUAUUCCAUGCCUGCCAUAGCUCUACGUUAGUCAACAGGGUGAGCCGGUUGCCAAAAGCAUGGCCCUUGGCAGCGAGAGCACUGCUGAUGAAGCAGUUGAGCCUGACGAGGAAGUUGCAGACUUUCCAGAAAGUGGGGUUCUUUGUGUGCAUGCUUAUGGACGCUUGGAAGAGGUUCAUGUUCAGCCUUUGACACUGAAGAAGCUGCGGCAAGCCGCCAAAGAUGCCUUCGAUUUGCCAGAUACGGAGAUCUUGUUGAAAGGACCUGAUGGCUCCUGUGCAGAAUCUGACGAGAUGCUGAAAAAUCUGGCAUCAGUGUACUUGGAGCUGCCGGAUGGUGGACUUCAUGACCUCGAGCAGCGGAUUGAUCAGCUGCAACACUUGCAGGUGAGCCACGUUUGCGACCGCCUUGCAACCUUGGCUGACGAACAGGUGAGCCACCAGGCCUCCAUUGCAGGCCUAACGGAUGCGUUGAUCGAAGAGCAGGCCUUCCGUCAAGAAUUUGAAGAAGCCGUGCGGGCGGAGAUCAAGCACGAGUGUGAUGGAGUGUCACUUCACCUGAAGAAACGCAUGGACCAGCUGGAGAUCAAGCUGCGAGAGCACGUAGAUGAUGCGCUGCAUUCCUUAGAAUCGAGAGUGUCUCAGGACUUUCAGGACCUCUGGCAAUGGACAAGUGAUGAGUGCCGUCAGUCUACUGAUCGGCUGAAAGAUUUGGAACAGCGAGUGAUUUGCUCCAGCGCAACUGCCCGAGAAGCCUCUGCGAGCAUUACUGCAUUGCGGUCUUCGCGCCUGGAGGUUGGCAGCACAGUGAAAGAAUGCCUGGAGGGGCAAGCAAAACUUUCCGCACGCAUUGACGACCUUUGCGACGGUUUGGUGAAAGAGGUGCAGGACCGAAUGUCAGAGGCUCGGCGAUUGCAGUCUGAGCUUUCAAAGCGAGAUGAGCGGACUGAGUCCCUGAGAGACUUCGGGCAGGAGCUUCAUGCAGCAAUGACCACCUUGCGCUCGCAGCCAGAGGCCGAGGGUGGCGUGGCCCUACGCACUUGCGAAAAGCUGCAGCGGCUUGCAGACGAGUCUAUGCAGCUGGAACGUCGUUUCAGUGAUUUGUCCCAACAAGUUGAAGAAGGGCGCGAUAGCCAGCGCAAAUUACAGCAGGGUCUGGAAGAUGAGAGCGCCGCAAGGAUUGCAGCGGAGGCAAGGCUUGGAGAAGAAUUAUCGGUACAGUCCCAAAGUCUCCUAGCUUUGGAACAUGUGCUACAAGAUUUGGCCCAACAGCGGCGGGACACCUUGGACGGUUUGGGGAGGCUGCAGAGCAGUUCUCAUCGCGAGGAUGAGCAGCCGGAGUCCUCCAAGACAGAAAGCCUGGGGUCAGAUGCAGCACAGGCCGAUGCGAUCAUGCAGCUUAGAGAGGAGUGUCUUGAAUCCAUUCAACGUGAGGUGCGCUCACGACUACAGGACUCGGCGAAGCUGCGCCAGUCCCUUGAGAUGGAAAGCAAAGCUCGCAAGGUAAGGAUUCUGAGACUGGGCAGGGCAGAACCUGGGUCAAACAAACGGUCCUCCCCUCAACUGCCACAGACAAGUCACUGCGAUGCCUACGACAGACUGGUUUGGGGCCGAAAAACAGCACUUGAAAGGCUCGUUGCCACAGAUGUCAAGCUCUCCAAAAGUAUUGCAGUGGCAAUUGCACUCUUCGAAGCCAAUUCCCAGGAGGCCUUCGGUAUGAUCCAGCGUGCUGUGAGCCAAUGUGGAACAUGAAGGCUCAAGGCCUAAACCUGGUCACUGCCAUGCACCAACCAGGGCCGCUAGGGCUCAGAAUUGCUCCUGAUUUUCACUGUGAGUGCAAAGGACGCUCUCUUGCUUAAGUAUUGAAAGUGAUGUGUGCUGUGAAAGUUGUUCGCGUCAGGUUUGCUUCGGGUG